AUGUACUGCAACAGAAAGCUUACAAGUUUCAAACUUGACAAGCUAAUUAAGUUCAAAUUCUUUUCUGCUUCUUCUGCAUACCUUGCGAUUCCCCAACAUAUCAGCUUUGAUCCUAAACCCAUUUCAGAAUCAUGCACGGAAGAAGACAUAAGCCAAAAUCAGAACAUUCUUUACUGCCUUGUGAACCACCCCAAUCCAGAAGUCGCUGCAUUUCCUUACAAGGGAUUCUCGAAAAUCACCGACCACUUAGUUGGACGUGCAUUGCACGGGAUUCUGUUGAAGGACCCGUGGCAGCCCUGGACGUAUUCCGACCUGAGCGUCCUCCAUUUAAACACCUUGAUCAAUAUGUAUGCAAAACUUGGGAGAAUCAAAGAGGCCCGCCACGUGUUUGAUGAAAUGUCAGAUAGGAAUGGUUCUUCUUUGAACAACAUGGUGUCUGGUUAUGUUAGGCUGGGUUACUACAUGGAUGCACUUUUGCUGUUUGCUCAAAUGUGGGGUCGAGGUGUUGAGCUCAGUGGGUUCCUUGUUGCUAGUUUAUUGACUGCCUUUUGCAGAUCGAAAAACAUGGCUUUGGAAGGGUUUCAAAUUCAUAGCUUGGGGCUGAAAACAGGGCUGCUUGAUGACGUUUAUGUGGGCACUUCUUUGAUGCAUUUUUAUGGUGGAUAUGGAUUCUUGACUAGUGCUCAGAAGCUAUUCGAGGACAUUCCAGAGAGAAAUGUGGUUUCUUGGACUUCGUUUAUGGUUGGGUGCUCAGAUAACGGGGAUAAUGGGAUGGUGAUUGAUGCAUACCGGAGAAUGAGACAUGAAGGGAUCGGUGCCAAUCAAAAUACGUUUACUACUGUAAUUUGUUCGUCUUGUGCACUUGGUGAUGAAUUUUUGGGCCAUCAGGUCCUGGGUCAAGUCAUUAAGUCAGGAUUAGAGGAUAACACCUCAGUAGCUAAUUCCCUUGUUUCCAUCUUUGGCACUUUUGGCAGAUUGGAAGAAGCAUGUUCUGUUUUCCAUAAGCUGGAUGACCGUGAUACCAUAUCAUGGAAUUCCAUUCUGGCUGCCUUUGCACAUAAUUCUCUACAUGAGCAAUCUUUCAAAUGUUUUGAGGAUAUGCGCCAUGAUCAUGGCGAUAUAAAUUCAAUUACUCUUAGCACAUUAGUGUCAGUCAGCAGUUCUCCAGAAUAUUUGAAAUGGGGCAGAGGGAUUCAUGGUUUGGCCGUGAAAAUGGGAUUGGAUUCGGUUGUUUUAAAUAAUACGCUUCUGACUAUGUACAGCGAAACAGGUAGAUCUGAAGAGGCCGAGAGUUUGUUCAAUGGAAUGAGAGACAAAGAUUUGAUUUCUUGGAAUUCCUUGAUGGCUGGCUAUGUUUCAAAAGGAAGGAGUGUAGAUGCCUUGCGAUUAUUAACUUUCCUCCUGGGCACGAAGAAAUAUAUAAGCUACGUAACAUUCACUAGUGCCUUGGCAGCUUGUUCUAAUCCUGAAUUUGUUCUUGAAGGCAAGGCUGUCCACGCACUUGCACUCGUGUUUGGAUUCCAAGAGAAUCUAAUAGUGGGGAAUGCAUUAGUGACCAUGUACGGCAGGAGUGGGGCAAUGCUACAUGCUAAGCAGGUAUUCCAGACAAUGCCUGAGAAAGAGUUGGUCACUUGGAAUGCUCUCAUAGGAGGCUAUUCUGAGAAUGAGGAGCCAGAUCAGGCUCUCAAAGCUUUUAAACUAAUGUUGGAAAAUGGUGAACUGCCGAACUACAUAACCAUGACAAAUAUUCUAGGUGCUUGCUCAGCUCCUCCUAAACUACAGAAACUUGGACUUCCAUUGCAUGCAUAUAUAGUUCAGAUGGGAUUCGAAACAGAUGAAUAUGUGAAGAACUCCCUUAUUACAAUGUAUGCUAACUGUGGUGAUCUCAACUCAAGUAAAUCGAUAUUUGAAGAAUUAAUUAACAAGACUUCUGCAACUUGGAGUGCUAUGGUUGCUGCAAAUGCUCAUCAGGGAUAUGGAGAAGAGGCUUUGAAACUUUUGCUGGAGAUGCAAAGGGCUAAAGUGGAUUUUGAUCAAUUUAGCCUUUCUGCUUCUUUGGCAGUUUCUGCAGACUUGGCUUCUUUGGAAGAAGGUAAACAGCUUCACGGAUUAGCUAUCAAACUUGGAUUUCACUCGUAUCAUUAUGUUGAAAAUUCUGUGAUGGAUAUGUAUGGGAAGUGUGGUGAGCUUGAUGAUGUGCUUAAAUUACUACCAGAACCACCUACGCGGUCAAGAUUGUCUUGGAAUAUUUUAAUUUCCUCUUUUGCUCGGCAUGGACAUUUUCAAAAGGCUAUCCAAACAUUUCAAGAUAUGUUAACUUAUGGAUCAAAACCUGAUCAUGUCUCCUUUGUCUCUCUUCUCUCUGCAUGUAGUCAUGGGGGUUUAGUUGACGAGGGGCGUACAUAUUUCAAUAGAAUGACUACGGAAUUUGGAGUCAUAGCUGAAAUACCGCACUGUGUAUGCAUAGUUGAUCUUCUUGGACGAUCAGGAAGACUUGCUGAAGCUGAGGCGUUCAUUGAGAAGAUGCCAGUGCCGCCGAAUGACUAUAUCUGGCGAAGCUUGUUAGCGGCGAGCAGGAUACAUGGAAAUAUGGAUAUGGGCGAAAAAGCUGCAAAACGUCUUCUUGAAUAUGACCCGUCAGAUGAUUCUGCAUAUGUUCUUUAUUCCAAUGUUUGUUCUGCUUCAGGGAAAUGGCAAGAUGCGCAGAAUGUCUGGCUGGAAAUGGAAACAAAUAGUGUAAUGAAGAAACCUGCCUGCAGUUGGGUUAAGACUAAAGCAGAAGUGAGUACCUUUGCGAUCGGGGAUCGCUCACAUCCAAAAUCCGAACAGAUUUACAUGAAGCUAGCAGAACUGAGGAGAAAGAUUAAUGAAGCAGGCUAUGUGGCUGAUACAAGCUUUGCUUUGCAUGACACUGAUGAGGAACAGAAAGAACACAAUUUGUGGAAUCACAGCGAGAGAUUAGCGCUUGCUUAUGGUCUGAUCAGCACUCCUGAAGGUUCAACAUUAAGGGUUUUCAAGAACCUCCGUGUUUGCGGGGAUUGUCAUUCAGUUUUUAAGUUAGCGAGCAGCAUACUGCAAAGGGAAGUUAUACUUCGGGAUUCGUACCGGUUUCAUCAUUUUAAAAAUGGCGCAUGUUCUUGUGGUGACUACUGGUAG